AUGGAAAAUACAGCUCCUCCUUCAAAUAAGACAACGGCAAAAACCGACUGGAACCUCAAGAAUGAUUGGAAGCACGGUAUCCAAUCCUCCGAGGCUGCAGUCUUUCGGUGCGGGGUUGUCCUCGGCUUGUCCAGGCUGCGAAUGAGAAGCAACGAAAGCAACGAGUAUAUCGGACAGGUUCCUCGAUGCAUUCUCACAAACCAACUACGGAGUAUCCAUCCAUCAUCUGAACCGAGCGCAUUCAUUAUUCACCCACGAAGUUUCGAGGCUUUUGCCCCACGGACUCUACUUAAUGAGCUGCAGUCUUCUUUCCAUGACCAACCUGGUCUACCAACAGAUGAUGCAAUCCGUAGACUUGACUCUGUGCAGUUACUUCCCGUGCACAACUUCACCAAUGCUGCACAGGCCAUCGUUAAGGUCUCGGAAGCGUUGCAUGAGAUCCAAAAAAACCGAGAAAAGCAGAGAACCCCGACAGACACAAGCCCGUCCACCAACAAUCCCAUUAUCCUUAUUGUCGUGGGUCUCGAUACCCUGACCGAAGGAGUAAUUCGAGCAUCCAACCCGGCUCGAGGUGCGGCCAUUCUGACAGCUACACUCCGCACCUUGACGCGUUUGUCUCGUGUGCACGCCUCUCAUCUCUCAAUCAUUCUUGUCAAUACUAAUGGACUGGGAACUAUGAAUCCAGAGUGGGAUAAAAAUCAGCCGUCGACUGGAAACGCUACUACCUAUGGAAAUAGUGCUGCGAGGCAGCCGCUGGAAGAUGGAAUCCACUCCAUCUUCCAUUCGGACAUCCCCUCCCUGUUUCCCACCUUGCUCAUGAAGACGUUAGACCAAGGCAUCGAUACCUAUCUAUUGCUCUCUGAUUUGAGAGGAGCCCAGAUAGUCGAAGUGAUCAAAGAUCGAGUUGGUACGAGUCUAGGCAAGUGGGGAAUAUGGAAUGAGCAAUGA